GCCUCCUCGGAGUAUCAUAAUCUAACUGACUGACCGCCCCCGCACACGACGAAAGGGAUACCCCACAAAGCCAUCCAGUCUCGGCACAUACUCCGAGCUACCAAGAACAAAGUUAGCGAGGUGCGGGACUCCGUCGUGGGCCUUAAAGAUGGCCGCCGGUUAAAAGAGAUCGAUCCCUCAUGCUGCGCUGCAGCUUUGCAGGCCCGCUCCCUCCUUAAUCAUGAAGGCAGGUAUCGUCUUUCUCCAGGCCGUCGCUUCGGUUUCCGCGGCACAAGCGCUCGAUUGUUCCAUCAAGACGCUCCAGAGCGCACUACCAGCCAAUGCUACUGUACUGGCCGCUGACCUUGUCCCUGAAAACGGCACGUACGGACAAGGCGCUGCGGACAUUGCCUACCCAACAAACCCUACCAGUCUUCCCGCUUUGUGCGCCGUCACAGUCAAUGUAACUUCGUCCAGCACUUCUUCUUUCAUUUUUGGACUUUUCCUUCCUACGCAAUGGAAUGACCGCUUUCUGGCCCUCGGCAAUGGAGGAUUUGCUGGUGGCAUCAAUUGGUUGGACAUGGGUUCGGGUGUGGGGUACGGGUUUGCCAGCAUGUCCACAGACACUGGGCACAAUUCAACCUCGGGAGACGGAUCCUGGGCCCUGGACAAGCCGGAGAAGCUGACGGACUGGGGCUGGCGCGCCAUGCAUGGGUCCGUUGUCUUGGCCAAGGAACUUACGAAAACCUACUAUGGCUCCGAAAUCAAGUACUCGUACUACUCCGGUUGCUCAACUGGUGGCAGGCAGGGCCUUAAGAGCGCGCAAAAGUUCCCGGACGACUUUGAUGGAGUCCUUGUCGGCGCGCCUGCGUGGUGGACGACACAUCUGCAGACCUGGACCAUUAAAGUCGGGACAUACAACGUUCCGGCUACUGCAGCGCACCACAUCCCCACGACUCUGUUCCCCGUUAUCGCUGCCGAGGUUCUCAAGCAGUGCGAUGGCGCCGACGGUCUCAAAGACAGCAUCAUAACAGACCCCCGUCGGUGCGCCUUCAACCGAGAAGCGUUGCUCUGCGGCGGCCAUAGCAACAGCAGCAGCUGUCUUACUCCCGCGCAACUGACAACCCUCGACCGCAUCUACGCGGACUACACAGACGUGAACCAGACGUUUGUGGCACCGGCCCUCUCCCUCGGUUCCGAAUCGCAAUGGUUCGUCUUGCUCGGCAAUGACGCCCCCAAUGCCCUUGGCCCAGACUACGUCAAGUACUUCCUGCAAGAGCCAUCCUUCGAUUGGCACAACUUCGAUUACAGUGUCGUGCAGCGCGCCGAGGCAGUAGACCCCGGCGACGCCACAGCAGACGACUUCGCCGCGCUUGCGGACUUCGCGGACAAAGGCGGUAAGCUGCUGCACUACCACGGCUGGGCCGACGCCCUCAUUCCCACUCGCUUUAGCACACACUUCCACUCGCAGGUGCAGCGAGCACUUUCAGCUCGCGACGCCCCUCUGGAGGACUGGUACCGCUUCUUCCUGAUCCCGGGCAUGCAGCACUGCAGCGGAACACCGGAAGACAUGGCUGCGCCGUGGUACAUCGGCGGGGCGAACCAGGCAGGCGAGUUUAACGCGGGUGCGGGUGCGCGGGGCGUCCCGGGAUGUACGGAUGCGAAGCAUGAUGCGCUGUUGGCGCUGGUGGCGUGGGUGGAGCAGGGACAAGCGGUGGACCAGAUUGUCGCGACCAAGUUUGUUGAUGAGACGAACUUGGAGAAGGGCGUGAAGAGGCAGAGGCCGAUUUGCGCGUGGCCAAAAGAGGCGACGUAUACCGGGGAAGGGGAUGUGAAUUCGGUGGAGAGCUGGGAGUGUAAGAAGCUGUAUUAGGGGUGCGGUUUAGGUGUACAGCAUGAGACGAGGUGUCAGCUUCUCUAUGGAAGGUGUCUUUGUUUUUUAGCCUUUCUCGAGCCUUAUGGAUGGCGUCGACCGGGCAUAAAAUAAUAAAUGCUU